GGCCGGUGUUAGGUCAGGGACGGAGUGACUCCACCCAGUCUAAAUCAUUGGCUCUACUCUCGGCGUAUGUCUGCUGGAGGUUCCUGUGAUCUUUGAUUUCAGUUGAGCAAUCCGUUUAGAAACAAAACUCCCAAAAGACUCCUCCUGUCCUUGCUGAGAGCGGGGCCGAACACAACGAGUCACGCGUGUUUCCAUUUGAGUUGUGUUUAGGAUUAAGAACUGCAGAUAUGUUUGGGAUGAUAAAAAACUCGCUGUUAAGCCAGAUUGAACACAGACCGAGUCAGACGCUGAACUCGGAAACCAAGGGAGAGCUGAGCUACGAGGAGAGGAGAUACGAGCCGGGUAAUUACGCCAGUGUGACCAUCAGUGGAAAGCCAUUCGACGAGGGAUCGGGUGAAGGGGCCGUAAAACUGCUCAAGUAUCUCGGAGGAAGCAACGAGGAAGGCCUGCAGCUGGGGAUGACGGCUCCGGUCAGCAUGAGCGUGCGGCCGAGCGAGGAGGGGGGCGGCCUGCAGCCCACUGUCGAGGUGCAGGUUCGCAUUCCCGCCCAAUUCCAGGAGAAGGUCCCCAAGCCGACGGACGAGAGCAUCGAGAUCAAACGUGUGGAGGGGUUCACCGUCUACUCCACGCAGUUUGGGGGCUACGCCAAGGAGGCUCAUUACGUGGAGUACGCGGGAAAGCUGCGGGAGGCGCUGGGAGAAACCGAGCGCUACCAACGUGACGUUUACCAGUGCGUGGGCUACGACCCCCCCAUGAAGCCCAUCGGCCGCAGGAACGAAGUUUGGUUCCUGAAGCAGGAGGAUGGGGCGCCGGUCGCAGGGACCGGAUCGCAGUGAGCGCUGGCCGCUUCUGUGCCGACAAACGUCCCAGCGGCACUUGCCGGCACCUCCUCCACCCACAAAACCAUCUCCCGAAUCUCUCAUCUGCCCGCAACUCACAGUCGUAGAGUCAUUGUCACACAGUCAUGGGGCACGCAAACAGGCCCUUCAGCCCAACCUGCCCAUACGGACCAACAUGUCCCAUCUACACUAGUCCCACAUUUGGCCCAUAUCCCUCUAAACCAGUGGUUCCCAACGUGGGGCGUACGCCCCACAGGGGGGCAGUUUGAUUUUUAAGGGGGGCAAUUCAGUGCGACUGAGGAGGUCUGGGUCCAAAUUUUCGAUUUUAAUUUUUUUGGAUUUUCCAUCAGGUAAACAUAUGUAGUUUAUGUUUCAGAUGUUAUUUUGAGUAAAUAAUUUUUUUGGGGUAAAAAAGGUCUUUAUUGUGUAGUUAUUACAAACAUAUGUGUGUGUGGUUGUAUGUCAGAUUCGGCCUUAUCACCACAAUGUUCUUUUGAAGCUUGUUUAAACCAAGGUAUUGGCGUUUUAAGCUUCUUCAGCUGAAACGGAGUUCACUUUUUAAAUGAUAAGAAUUAUAUAUCACCACAUGGGGGGGGGGGGGGGCAUCAGGAUUUUAGAGGUGAUUAGGUGGGGCAUGGCCAAAAAAAGGUUGGGAACCACUGCUCUAAACCCAUCCUAUCCACGUACCUGUCCAAAUGUUGUUUAAAUGAUGUCACAGUCCCUGCCUCAACUACCUGCUCCAGCAGCUCGUUCCAUACACCCACCACAAUUUCAGUGGAAGAAGUUGCCCCUUAGGUUUCUAUUAAAUCUUUUCCUUCUCACCUUAAUACUAUGUCCAAUAUGUUGCGGUCUAGUCGCCCUGGGGUUAAGACCCUAGACCAGGGUUCCCUGGAAUGCGAGGAUUCUGCGAGAGGUCGCUAGGGGUUCUGAUCAUAUGUAAAUGUAUUUUUGUGUUUAAUUUCAUAUCUGUAAUUUCAUUAUUACACGUGCGGCAUAUUCUUGGGAAAUUCUGGUGCAUGAAAAUAGGGCAUUAUAAUAAUAAAUAAUAAAGAUAUAUCAUAAUUUUUAAUGUUGGGGUUCCCUGAGACAUUCCAAGGGUUCCGCAAGGUUAAAAAGGUUAUGAAAGGCUGCUCCAUGCAUUCACUGUAUUCCCCCUCAUGAUCUUAUAUGCUGUCUUACCCGCUGAGUUGUUCCAGCAGUUUUGUGUCCAUUUUAACUGCAGUGGACCCGCAUUUUUGCUUCCAAUACUCUGUUGUGCUGAAGCAAAGCAAGAAUUUCAAUUGUCCUAUCUGGGACACAUGGCUCAGCACUUCAACUCCCCCUCCCAUUCCCAAUCCGACCUCUCUGUCCUGGGUCUCCUCCAUUGCCAGAGUGAGCAACACCGGAAAUUGGAGGAACAGCACCUCAUAUUCCGCCUGGGCAGCUUGCAUCCUGAUGGCAUGAAUGUUGAAUUCUCCCAAUUUUGCUAGCCCUUGCUGUCUCCUCCCCUUCCUUAACCCUCGAGCUGUCUCCUCGGGCUCCUCCUCCUCCCCUUUUUCCUUCCUUCUCCCCUCCCACCCCCCAUCAGUCUGAAGAAGGGUUUUGGCCUGAAACGUCGCCUAUUUUCUUCGCUCCAUAGAUGCUGCUGCACCCGCUGAGUUUCUCCAGCAAUUUUGUGUACCUGACAAUAAACUCUCUUGACUUG